AUGGGGCAGUGCCGGGGUGGGCAGGAGGCCUGGCUGCCCCUGUCUGGCUCCCCAGGUGCCAUGUCUCCCACGGGCAGGGGGGUGCUCCCUGAGACCUGCCCUGACCACGGCUGGGAAGGGGCGCCCAAGGGCACGUGCACGGUGGCCAGCCUGCUGGGGAGCCACGGGUGCCCCCCGGCACUGGGGCCUGGCUGCCGCCCAGGCUGGGCUACGGAGACAGCGCUGCGGGCAGAGCUCGUUUCUCUGCCGGGCCGGGAGCGGCAGGGCAGGAUGAGGAGCCCAUGGGCAGGCAGCGGCACACCCUGUGGGGUGUUCUGGGGGGCUGUGCCCCCCCUGACGCCCCUCUCUGUCACCCAGGUGGAGGACGGGGGCAAGGCUGCGCUGUCCCGCCAGCUGCAGCCGGGCGACGAGCUGGUGAACAUCAGCGGGACGCCGCUGUACGGGUCGCGCCAGGAGGCCCUGAUCCUCAUCAAGGGCUCCUACCGCACCCUGAAGAUGAUCGUCCGCAGGAGGAGCGUGCCCGUCCUCCGGCCCCAUUCCUGGCACGUGGCCAAGCUCGCCGAAAGCCGCCCCGACGCCCCCACCAUGCACUGCCCCGCUGACGCCUUCAGCCUCUCCUGGCCCUCGGGGUGUGAUGUCAGCGAGCUGUCCCUGCAGUGGAACCCGCUGUCCCGGCACUGCAGCACCGACCGGAGCAGCUCCAUCGGGAGCAUGGAGAGCCUGGACCAGCCCAGCCAGGCGUACUAUGAAGGGGACCCCUCACCCGUUGACCAGGGCAUGUACCACAGCAAGCGGGACUCUGCCUACAGCUCCUUCUCUGCCAGCUCCAUCGCCUCUGACUGUGCCCUCUCCCUCCGCCCCGAGGAGGCUGCCUCCGUCGACUCCGGCCUCCAGGGCCCCUGCAAGCUGCCCGACGGGCGCUACCUGACCACGGGGGCUGAGCUGCCUCCCAGCCAGCACCCCGAGGCCUGGCGGGCGCCCGUGCCCCCCCAGCCCCCCGUCAGGAGGGACAGCCUGCGGGCAGCCCCAGCCGGCAGAGGGGACAGGCGGCGGGCAUCGGUGUCAGCAGACAUGCUGCAUGCCAAGGGCCGGUGGAUCUCUGACACCUUCCUCUGCCAGCGGGAUGGGGAGGCAGAGGCAGCGGGCGGGAGGACGCUGGCGCCGUACCCCACGAAGGACCGUUUCUCUGCUGACCAGUAUUACAUGCUGAGCUCCCACCCGGACCGGUGCCCGGCUGAGCCGCUCCUGGGGCAGAGUGUGGAGCCUGGCGACCGGCUGUACCCGGAUGGCAGCGUGCACCGAGUGCCGGAUGCCACGGCGGCGGGUGACAACCUGUUGCUCUCCCCCCUCAAGGGCCACGUGCCACACCGCCACAGUGCUCCCGAGCAGCUGCUGGCCUCCCAGCUCCGCUCCCUCAAGGAAUUUCCUCUGGAUGAGUGGGAACCGCCGGCAAUAACCAGGAAAGCUAGCCAGUCCAUCAGCCCCCGGGGCUGCGACCGGAGGGAUCUUCUCCAUGCCAAGCUGGACCCCCCUGGCAUCCCCAAAAAGAAGGGCCCCCCACCUCCCCGCCCACCUCCCCCCAACUGGGAGAAGUACAGGCAGCGCCGGACAUCCCAGCGCCUGCCAGAUGGUUCUGGGCACAGCUCUGCCUUCACCACUGCCCCAGUGCCAACCCGCAGCAUUGCUGAGGCUGUGCGCGAGCGGUCGCAGAGCCUCACCGGGGAGCAGGGGGGCCGGUCCCGGGGGCACGCCGCUCGCCCCCCUGCCCCGCCAGGUGCCUGGCCCCGACCUGAGCCCCCCGGAUUGCUCCGCAGGACGCCCGAGCCCGAUGUUGGCAAUGCUGAGAUUUGCAGGGCGGCAGGCGCUGGGGAGGAGCGGCCAAAGGCAAAGCACCCCUGGGAGAUGGAGGAGCAGCCCCAAAGGCUCGGCCGGAACCAGGAGCGGGGCUGGGUCGGCCCCUGUGGGGUGGGUGAGUGCUCCCUCCCCCUACAUGGUGGCCCCGGCCCCACCACCCCGGAGGCACCCAAGCUCAGCCCCAGAGCAGCGGAGGAGGUGAGCUGCCAGGGGGACCGGCCCAAGCCCUGCCGCGUGGACUCAGAGGAGCUGCUGUGGGACGUGUCGGGCAGGGACCACUCCCUGGCCAGCAUCCUGGCCCCGUCGGCUCCCCUCGGCACUGCCACUGAGGUGAUGGGUGAGCUGCUGGUGGCAGGGGAGCGGCAGGCCUGGCGGGAGCGUUUACAGCAGGACUGGCAGCUGGAGGCCCUGGCACAGGACAGGCAGGGCUUUGAGCCCAUCUCGCCGCCCCCCGGUAGUACUGCCAGCUCUACCUCCUACCCGGCGUAUUACGGCACGGCAGCAGCCAAAGCUGAGCCGCUCAGCAAGGUGAAGGAGCUGCCGGAGGUGGUGGAGGGAAGCUCGGAGGACGAGGAGGAGGAGGUGGACCACAAACUGAUGGAGAAGAAGCUGCAGCUGAUCGAGAGCCUGAGCCGCAAGCUGGCGGUGCUGCGGGAGGCACAGCGGGGGCUGCAGGAGGACAUCAGCGCCAAUGGGGCGCUGGGCGAGGAUGUGGCUGCCCGCCUGCAAGCCCUCUGCACGCCGGGGGAAUUCGACAAGUACCGCCUCUUCGUGGGCGACCUGGACAAGGUGGUCAACCUCCUGCUCUCCCUCUCGGGGCGCCUGGCCCGGGUGGAGACCGCCCUGGGCAGCCUGGGGCCACACGCCUCCGCCGAGGACAAGGUGGCCCUGCGGGAGAAGCAGCGGCUGCUGGCAGCACAGCUGGAGGAUGCCAAGGAGCUGAAGGAGCACGUGGGGCGGCGGGAGGAGGCGGUGGGCGCCAUGGUGGCGCGGUACCUGCCCGCUGAGCACCUCCAGGACUACCAGCACUUCGUCAAGAUGAAGUCAGCCCUCAUCGCUGAGCAGCGGGAGCUGGAGGAGAAGAUCAAGCUGGGCCAGGAGCAGCUCCGCUGCCUGCGUGAGAGCCUCGGCCAGGCCCCCAAGGGCUGCUAG